AUGGAAAUGAUAAUGGUUAAGGAUGAACAAAAUGAUGACAAUCAAGGUAUGCAACAAAAUGAUCAAAGCAGCAAUGUUGCAACCACUGUGAAACGAAGCUCCCGGUUCCGUGGAGUCAGCAGGCAUAGAUGGACUGGCAAAUAUGAAGCCCACUUGUGGGAUAAGCUCUCAUGGAAUGUUACACAAAAGAAGAAAGGCAAACAAGUGUACCUUGGUGCUUAUGAUGAUGAAGAAGUUGCUGCAAGAGCAUAUGAUUUAGCUGCACUUAAGUAUUGGGGUACAUCAACUUCCACCAAUUUUCCAAUAUCAUAUUAUGAAAAAGAGAUUGAAAUAAUGCAAACUGUAACCAAAGAGGAGUUCUUGGCCUCAUUAAGAAGAAAGAGCAAUGGGUUCUCAAGAGGAGUAUCCAAGUACAGGGGAGUUGCAAAGCACUACUAUCACAAUGGAAGAUCGGAAGCUAGAAUAGGGAGAGUGUUUGGAAACAAAUAUCUAAACCUUGGCAGUUACAACACACAAGAGGAGGCUGCUCGUGUGUACGAUAUUGCGGCAAUCAAAUGUAGAGGGAUUAAUACCGUGACCAACUUCGAUUUAAGUACUUAUGCUGGCUGGUUAAGGCCCGAAUUGACCAAUAAUACGGAAACAGAAUCAGUACAAUCAACAAGUUGUUACAGUCGACUAGAACAAUCUAAGCCCUCAAUCCACUACCCUUUUGCUGUAGAUCACUUCAACUCACUAAAGCAAGAACAUGUUGAAACCAAACUCCCAGUAAACAAUGUCAAAUCAUACAAGUCUUCAUCGCCUACUGCAUUAAGUUUGCUCCUUCGAUCUUCGGUAUUUCAAGAACUGGUAGAAAAGAAUGCAAAUAAUCGAAAAUAA